CGUGGCUCUGGGUGGCCGCUCCAGUCCUCCAGGGCGCCUCGCUCCGUCGCCUCAGGCAGCGGGACCCUUCGGGUGCUGAAAUCCAACUCACCCAUGCCUAUUUCCUGUAAUGGACGAACUUGAUGCUAAUGUGAGUUCCAAGGAGGGUUUUAGGUCAGUGGAGAAGGUUGUACUGCUCACAUUUCUCUCGGUGGUGAUCCUGAUGGCCAUCUUGGGCAACCUUCUGGUGAUGGUGGCUGUGUGCAGGGACCGGCAGCUCAGGAAAAUAAAAACCAACUAUUUCAUUGUCUCUCUUGCCUUUGCGGAUCUGCUGGUGUCUGUGCUGGUGAUGCCCUUUGGUGCCAUUGAGCUGGUCCAGGACAUCUGGAUUUAUGGGGAGAUGUUUUGCCUGGUCCGGACAUCUCUAGACGUCCUUCUCACAACAGCAUCCAUUUUUCACCUGUGCUGCAUUUCUCUGGACAGGUACUAUGCUAUCUGCUGCCAGCCUUUGGUCUAUAGGAACAAGAUGACCCCUCUGCGCAUCACAUUAAUGCUGGGAGGCUGCUGGGUCAUCCCCAUGUUUAUCUCUUUUCUUCCUAUAAUGCAAGGCUGGAAUAACAUUGGCAUAAUUGAUUUGAUAGAAAAAAGAAAGUUCCACCAGAACUCCAACUCUACAUACUGUAUCUUCAUGGUCAACAAGCCCUACGCCAUCACCUGCUCCGUGGUAGCCUUCUACAUUCCAUUCCUGCUCAUGGUGCUGGCCUAUUACCGCAUCUAUGUCACAGCCAAGGAGCAUGCCCACCAGAUCCAGAUGUUACAGCGUGCAGGAGCGCCCUUGGAGGGCAGGCCCCAGCCAGCAGACCAGCACAGCACUCAUCGCAUGCGGACAGAGACCAAAGCAGCCAAGACCCUGUGCAUCAUCAUGGGUUGCUUCUGCCUCUGCUGGGCCCCAUUCUUUGUCACCAAUAUUGUGGAUCCAUUCAUAGACUACACUGUCCCUGGACAGGUGUGGACUGCUUUCCUCUGGCUUGGUUAUAUCAAUUCUGGAUUGAACCCCUUUCUCUAUGCCUUCUUGAAUAAGUCUUUUCGACGUGCCUUUCUCAUCAUCCUCUGUUGUGAUGAUGAGCGCUACCGAAGACCUUCCAUUCUGGGCCAGACAGUCCCCUGUUCAACCACAACCAUUAAUGGGUCAACACAUGUGUUAAGGGAUGCAGUGGAGUGUGGUGGCCAGUGGGAGAGUCAGAGCCACCCUCCAGCGACUUCUCCUUUGGUGGCUGCUCAGCCCUGUGACACUUAG